UGUCCUUCCCGUCUCAGGAUUACUAUGGCAAAGAGCUGCAGAAGUCAGAGGACCUGAAAACCAAUGCAUGCGUCACCUUGGCCAGGCCCCUUCCCAAGGCAGUGAGAGAUGCUUUGGAGCGUGUCCACGAGGAGGUGGUGGCCAGGUACUACGGUUGCGGUCUGGUGAUCCCCGAGUGCCUGGCGUCAUGCCGGAUCCUGGACCUGGGCAGCGGCAGCGGCAGAGACUGUUACCUGCUGAGCCAGCUGGUUGGGGAGCGUGGCCAGGUCACCGGGAUAGACAUGACGGAGGACCAGGUCGAGGUGGCGAAGAAGCACGUUGCCUACCACAUGGACAAGUUUGGCUACCAAAAGCCGAACGUGGAGUUCCUCCAGGGCUACAUGGAGAAGCUGGGUGAUGCUGGGCUGGCCGACGAGAGCUAUGAUAUUGUCAUUUCCAACUGCGUGAUCAACCUUGCCCCUGACAAGAGGGCCGUGCUGCGGGAGGCCUACCGUGUGCUGAAGCCUGGGGGAGAGAUAUACUUCAGCGAUGUCUACGCCAGCCAGCGCCUGAGCGAGGCCGUCCGGAAGCACAGGGUGCUGUGGGGGGAGUGCCUGGCGGGAGCCCUAUACUGGAGAGACCUGUACAGCAUCGCCGAGGAGGUGGGGUUCAGCCCCCCACGCCUAGUUACUGCCAGCCCCAUCACCAUCGGUAACAAGGAGCUGGAGGGCAUCAUUGGCGACUGCCGCUUCGUCUCUGCAACUUUCCGCCUAUUCAAGGUGCCGGGUAGCAGCCGGGCCGGGCCGGGCCAGGUCAUCUACAAUGGUGGCAUCGUGGGGCACGAACGAGAGCUGGUGUUUGAUGCCAACUUCACUUUCAAGGAAGGAGAGGUGGUGGAUGUGGAUGCCGAGAUGGCGGCGAUCUUGCAGAGCUCCAGGUUUGCGGAGGAGUUCCUGAUCCGAGCUGGUGGGGCCAACGCUGCCGCACCGCAGGGCUGCUGUUGCACAGAAGUGAAGGAGAUCUGCGAUCCCUUCCAGCUACUGGAGCAGCUGGGGGCCCCGGUUCCUGCCUGCCGUCCUGGUGGCACCUGUGGUCCCCUGGGAUGCUGCUGA